AAACUUUUUGUUUCUUUUUUCUUUCGCAACCCUUGCCCUUCAAAUCGUGCCCGCACGUGGAAAGCAAAGAAUUUGAUUUCAGUUUUUUAAACCAUCGCUUAACCUAAUCAAAUGCACAGUUCACGUGUCUACGAACACAUUACGUUCUCAAUAAAACGAAAAUUCAAAUAAAUAAGAAAAUUUACGAUAAGAAAGUUGAUGAUUUCGGCAGUAAAAAUGGAUACUUCAAAUCAAGAAAUCAAGAACCAUGUUAAUAUUAACAAAGAAAUUGCUAUCAGAAGUUCCAUGAAUGUGGUACCCAUGGCUUCUUUUAUGCAAAAUUUUUCAUUCCCUCUUCCUCGAGAUCUGGAAAUGGCUCUUGAACAUGAGAAAGAAGAUUCUAAGCUUACUGAAACUGCAAAAGAAUACGCAACGAUAUUGGGCUUUUUGAAAAAUUUCAAAGAUAUGAAGCCACAUCAAUAUUGGUUCUUGAUGAAGCUACUGCUUUAUCUUGAUUAUCAUCAGAACGAACUGGACAUGGCACAAUAUACAUUGUAUAAGCAAACAAUUGUUCCAUCCUCGUACAUCUCCGACAACUUCGUCAUACAUGUCCCAGGCCUGUCCGAGGACAGACCUUCUGUCAGAGCAAGAGACGUUGUUAAGAUAAGUCAAACAGAUGGGCAGAAUUGCACUGUUUCUUUGGUAACCUCAGUUGGAGCAAACUACAUUACUGCUUUUGUAGAUCCCAGAUUCAAAGAGGCUUUUCAACCAUACCAUCGUUACGACAUUUCUUUUGAAUAUUCGGACUACUGUUUCCAGUGCUGUCAUCAUGCUGUUGAUAGAGCAAUAAAAUACAAUCUUUUGCCAAUACUGUUUCCAUUGGAGGAACCAAUCAAUAAAAUACAAAAUCAACAAGAACUCGUGUGGAUCAAUGAGAGUAUGAAAAGCAAUCCAGAACAGCAACAGGCUGUUAUUAACAUCAUGGCCCGAACGGCAUUUCCAGCUCCGUACAUACUUUUUGGUCCACCUGGUACUGGAAAAACAUCAACUUUGGUUGAAGCCAUUAGUCAGAUCCUAAAGAAGAAUCCUUCCAAUCGCAUUUUAGUUUGUACACCAUCGAACGCAGCGGCGGACGAAGUCGCCUUGAGGUUAUUGAAAAGCACGAUAGACGCACAUGACAUAUACCGAAUGUACAGCAUGUCGAGGGACAGCAAAGAUAUCGGUGAAACUCUGAAAGAGUGUUCAAACUUUGCUGGAGAUAGCGCACUAUUCGUUUCGAAGGAUAUUCUGAUAACGAAGAAGAUUGUUAUUACAACUUUAAUAACUUGUCAUAGGUUGGUAAGCUACAAUCUCCGGGAAAAUCACUUCUCUUACGUUUUUGUUGAUGAGGCCGGUCAAGCUACGGAGCCUGAGACCCUGAUACCAAUGACGUUGAUGAGCAGCAAAGAUGAGAGUCACAGAGGAAGACUCCACGGUCAAAUUGUCAUCGCGGGAGAUCCGCAACAGCUCGGUCCAUCCGUGCUAUCGAAAAUAGCUGAACCUCUUCUCGGCUGCUCGAUGCUGGAGAGAUUGAUGAACUGGAAACUCUACCGGAAAGAUGGGAACGACAAAUUCAAUCCUUCUUACGUAACGAAACUCGUGCUGAAUUAUCGUUGUCAUCCAGCUAUUCUUCACAUACCAAAUGUACUGUUUUAUGAGGGUGAAUUGAAAGCUAUUGGCGGUUCGCACACCAUGAGAGCGGUCGAUUGGCCAACCUUGCCUAAAAAAAAGUUUCCUGUAAUUUUUCACGCGGUCGAUGGAAAGGAGGCACGUGAUCCACGUUCCCCAAGUGUUUAUAAUAUAGAAGAAGUCAAAGUGGCGAUGAAUUACGUGAAAGAUCUUUUACGGUCGAAAAUUGGUGGCAGAUCUGUACGUCAAGAUGAAAUCGGCAUAGUUACCCCGUACCGACUCCAAAGACAAAAGUUGCACGAUGAAUUGGAGAACAGAAAUUGGAAAGAUGUGGCGGUCGGCACCGUAGAAACUUUUCAGGGACAGGAGAAAGACAUAAUUAUCAUUUCGACUGUCCGAUCAGUUUUGUAUGCUCAUAACGGACGACUUCACAUCGGAUUUUUAUCGAAUCCAAAGAGAUUCAACGUAGCAGUUACGAGAGCAAAAGCUCUGCUGAUCGUAAUCGGGAAUCCCACAGUUCUUCAAGUUGAUGCGAAUUGGCGAGAAUUUAUAAGUUACUGCGUUGACAACGGAGCUCUCAUGGGAUCAAAGUUCCUCCUCGAUCGAUAUAUUAACUGGUCGAAGGCGCGUAAACUUUUGGGUAAAAAGCACGUGCCCACGUCGAGUUGUAACCCGGAUCAGCCGUUCCAAGUGGUCGAGGAAGCUCCUGUUGAGAAAAAGUCGUUCGCUCUACCCGAACACAAUGCUGAGAGAAGAAGACGAUUCCCGCGAUAUGAAUCUCCGUAUGACGAGUUCCUCGUUAAGAAUAUCGCAUCCGAAGAUAAUUCCGAUGUUUUCCGUCUGCAUACGUACUUGUUCAAUGGUAAUUCUACGAAUAAAAACGGCGCCAACGUCAACGGCGACGAGGUCGAAGAUGAGGAGGACUUGGCAAGAGGAAUUUUCUCCGACGAGGAUGAAUGGGAUACUUCAAAUUCGCCACUCUAUACAAACGCCGUAACAAGCGGUUCUGCAGUUUCGGAAAUAUCAAGUCGCUUAUCGAACUUGGGAAUGAACACGAAAAAUACUAAGAGUUAGGAAGGCGCGCUACGUUUAUUCCGUUUUGAUACGAUCCUUUUGAAAUCCUACGGAGCGUCAAUCUUUUUUUUUUCAGUUUAACCUUCGUUGUUAUUUAUUUAUCAUUUGUAUUUACUCACGAAAAGUUAAAAAUGGGUAUUCUAUUUUGAAGGUCUGACGUUAGUUACUAUACAUUUAGAAGGAUCGUUCAAUUCGGUUGAACCUGAGUAAUAUAAAUUUUACAGUGGUGUACAAACACAUUUAUGUGGUUCAUGUUACCAAUAUAUUUUACUAUUCACCAUUAAAAUAUCGACGAUAAACAGUGGCACUGGUCUGUCACUGAGUUAGUUAACCACAAAUGUCUAUUCUCGUUUUAAAGCACAAAACGUUCAAUUACGCCUCGGGAAUGCUCUUUAAGAGAAUUGAUAAUAUCUUAUCGGGGACAUGUCUGUGAUAAUGUACAAUGUUUGAAAAUUCUUAUGAAAUACUCCGUUUUAUGCUUGAAACGUAACAAUUGAAACGGUGCCUCUUCACGUUCUUACAACUUGACAAGCUUCUCUGGUACGAAACUUGUUUCAGGUUUAAUCGUGGCUGUUAUUACACGUAACAAAAUAUCGUAUAAGAUUUAUGACAAAAAAGCAGUAUUAUUCAGAGCAUUGUAACAUUAUUGUUCCAUAAAGAUACAUCGAUAAUCGAAUAAAAUGUGUAUUUUUAAAUUUUCAA